AUGGGCCCCUGUACCGCCUCCUCAUGCUGCUGCCAGGCCCGUAAUCUGCCAUGGGCCCCCGUACCGACUCCUCAUGCUGCUGCCAGGCCCGUAAUCUGUCAUGGGCCCCUGUACCGCCUCCUCAUGCUGCUGCCAGGUCCAGAGUGUGUCAUGGGUCCCUGUACGGCCUCCCAUUGCUGCUGUCUCCAUCGCCACACUCUGCCAUGUGCCACUUUCAGGUCUCCUCACACUGCUGGUGGGUUCCAUUUUUGUCAUAGGGUGCUGUAUGGCCUCCCAUUGCUGCUGCCUCCACCACCACACUGUGGCUCCACACUCUGGUUUUGGCCCCGUGACUGCCCAAAUGAGUGAAGUGUGCGGUGAUUCUAAGAUCGACGGCACUCAUCUGCAUGUCAUACUGACUGACAGUAUUAUUUCUCUUCCCCAGCAGACUCCAAGGGCAUUUAAAUUAAAGGUACAGUGUUCUGCACUAAUAUAA